CGGUAUUCCACCUCGACAUUACAACAACUCUCGAUAGACUCCCGCAUUCAUAGUUGGAACUGUCAUAGUGAUACCGAAGCUUGAUCUCUCGGACGAAGAGCGAAAGUCGAGUUCUCGCUGCUGCAUAACAUUGCAGCAACGUGCGGUUAGAGAACAAGAACCAGAUCUGAGAUACAAGCAACGAACGCACCGAAGAAGCUCAUCAGGUGAAAUUCCAAUCGAGCUGGAAAAGCACGCAGUAAUCAACUAGAAGACAGCGUCUCGUAUACAUCGCCAUGUUUGGACAAACGGGAGGAUUCGGCUCGACGGGUACUGGCUUCGGUCAACAACCUCAGCAGGGUCAACAGACCGGAGGUCUUUUCGGUCAGACUUCUACCGGGUUCGGCCAACCUCAACAGCAGACUGGAGGGAUGUUUGGACAGACUCAACAACCCGGUCAGACGGGUGGACUGUUCGGUCAACCCGCUCAGCCCGCUCAACAAUCCACAGGGUUGUUCGGUGGUAGCACACCUGGUCAGACCAACGCUUUCGGUUCUACAGGAGGAGCUUUCGGAGCUUCUACCGGGACUUUCGGGCAGCAACAACAGGCUCGACCUGCGUUCGGAGCUACAGGGUCAACGGGCGGAGGUCUCUUUGGAGGCGCUUCUACUGGCUCGACCUUUGGCGGAUCCACCGGCUUUGGAGCGAACAAUAAUGCCGCACCAGCUACUGGCGGAUUGUUCGGAUCGACCUCGACAGGAUUCGGAGCUAAACCUGCUACGACCGGGUUCGGAGCGCCCGCUCAGACUGGGAACACGGGUGGGCUCUUUGGAGCCAAGCCGGCUGGUACGGGGAUGUUUGGAGGCGGUGCUCAGGUCGCUGGCCCGGUAACGAACGGCACGGCUGGGACCGCUUAUCAGCCUGUGAAGGAAAAGGACGGGAACACGAACAACUACACGGUCUACCAGACUAUCACGUGUAUGGACGCGUACAAGGGUGCCAGUCUCGAGGAACUUCGUCUGCAAGAUUACGAGCAGAACAGAAAGACCGCUCCUCCUCCUGGUACCAACGCUUUCGGUGCCGGUUCAUCCACUGGAGGCAUGUUCGGUCAACCCGCUCAACAACAAUCGACGGGUCUCUUCGGUGCCGCUCAGCCUGCUUCUACCGGGUUCGGGACUGGAGCUAGUACCGGUCUGUUCGGUCAGCCUGCUCAACCUGCGGGAACCACUGCUUUCGGUCAGCCUCAGCAGAGUACCGGAUUCGGAGCUCCUGCUGCCAGUACCGGGCUCUUUGGAUCUAACACUCAGAGCACUGGGACUGGGUUGUUCGGUCAGCAAAAUCAACAGCAGCCUCAGCAACAGACGGGCGGUCUGUUUGGCCAGCAAAACCAGCAGAGUGGCGGUCUGUUUGGGCAAUCCGGUUCCACGGGAACGACCGGUGGUCUGUUCGGGUCCAAUACGGGCGCCUCCACAACGGGGGGUGGCCUGUUCGGCCAACAACAACAGCAGAACGCUCAGCCGGCUGCUUCAGGUGCGUUUUCAUUUGGCGCAAACAACCAGAACCAAGCCAAGCCUGCCUUUGGAGGGUUUGGGACUGGGAGCACGACUACGAACACGUUUGGUCAGCCGGCCGCUCAGGGAGCUUCGACCGGGUUCGGAUUCGGUCAGACCGGCCAGCAAGCUCAGACUCAAGCUGCGCAACAGCCGAGCACUGGAUUCGGAUUCGGUGCCCAGUCGACCACUGCCGCGCCUCAGACGGGAGGCCUGUUCGGAAGUCAACCUCAGCAACAGAACCAACAAUCUGGUGGGCUCUUUGGUGCCAAACCCGCUGGUGGUUUGUUCGGCAGCACGACGGGAACAACCAACACUUUCGGAGCGUCCGCUCAGACUCAGGGUCAGACAGGAGGUGGAUUGUUCGGUGCUGCCCAACCCGCUCAACCUGCGGGACAACAACCUUCUGGAGGUCUCUUUGGGAACACGGGGACGAACACCUUUGGCGCCGCCAAGCCCGGCGGUCUGUUCGGUCAGCCUGCGCAGACGGGGACAACGGGAGGAGGUCUUUUUGGAAACAACUCGACCAAUACCAGCACCGGCUUCGGUCAGCCCGCUGCUCAGCCUAGCACCGGCCUCUUUGGCUCGACCAACCAACAAACGGGAGGAGGCUUGUUUGGCAACCUGGGAGCUUCCCAGCAGGGCCAGCAAAACCAGACCGGUCAAACCGGUGGGCUCUUCGGUGCCAAGCCGAAUAAUGCUGGAUCCGGCCUUUUCGGGCAGACCAACACGGGAUCGACUUUGGGUGCAUCCACUGGCGGCUCGGGCCUGUUUGGGAACUCGUUUGGCGGUGGCGCUCAGCAGCAACCCCAGCAGAACAUGGGUGGAUCGUUGUUCGGCAACUCGUCCACGAACCAGCUCCAGCAAUCUCAAGCGCAACCUCCUGUCAAUAUCGACAUCAACAACCCGUACGGGACCGGCGGCAUGUUCAGCGUACCUCCGUCUUUCCAGCCCAUCAACGUCUCGACUGGACCCAAGGUCUUGCCGCCAUUGUCUAGCUCGCUCAGGCCUGCACCUUCGGCUGGUAAGAUGACCCCUCGAUUCCGUGGCAUCUCGACUCCUGCUCGCGCGGCUAGUACGCUUCCGACGGGUUCUAUCUUGGGAGUGUCUACUGCGUCGAACGGGUCGCCUGCGAGGAACCUCUUUAGCACGCCUCCUCCGGAUACGCUUAGCCCGGCUGCCUUUACACCUCGACAAGGUGUCAAGAAGCUGGUCCUCCAUCGAAAGACUGAUUCCUUGUCCCUCAGUACUGCCGUGGCGAACAGGACGCCUCAGAUCUCGCGAUCGAUCUUGAACCCAGAGGCCGAUCACGAUGGUACAAGCGUCAACGGAAGUGUCAUGGGCAACACCGUGGCUGGCUCUCGCCAGGCCUCUGUCGCUCGUACGCAGAACGAGGACGCUGUCACCGAAAAGGAGCACAGGCGGACAGAUUUCUCGAGAAAGAUCGACUUGGAGGACUACAACGAUGGCGAUUACUAUACCAUCCCGGAGAUGAGCGAACUAUACAACGCUUCGAACGAGGACUUGAGCAGCGUCGAGGACUUUGUCGUCGGUCGCAAGGGGUACGGUAGGCUGACCUACCUCGAACCGGUCGACAUCGGCAACAAGACCACUCUGAACCGGAUCUGCGGCGACCUCGUCACCUUCAGAGACGGCAAGUGUGAGGUUUACCCAGAGAAAGCGGAUGAGCGUCCGCCCGGUGAAGGCCUGAACCACCGAGCGGAGAUCAGCCUCGAAGAUUGUUGGCCCAGGAACAAGGAGACUCAGCAGCCCAUCACGGAUCCCAAGCACCCCAAGCAGAGGGCCCGUGAGCGAGCCCUGCGUCACGUGCCGGACACCACCUUCCAGAGCUACAACCCUUCGACCGGUGUUUGGGUGUUUACCGUUGAGCAUUUCACUCUCUAUGGUAUUCCGGAAGAAGACGAUUCCGACGACGAGGAAGACGAGAUGGACGCACAGGACGACAGCAUUCUGAACGAGAACGGCAAGCGUGAGCGAUCCGCCGAAUCCGAGCGUUAUGGCUCUUACAACGGGGAUGAAGCCACCGGAUCUCCGUCAGAAAUCGAUCGAUCGUCCGUGGCUCCGAGUCACGAUGACGACGCAUCCGAGUAUGCACGGUCGUCUGUGCAGCCUGUCGAGAUCGCCGUCCGACAGCGAGACCUGAUCUUUACGGGCAUGUACGGCACCCCUCAACCUGACGACCUGGACAUGACGCCUAGGCCGAACAAAAAGAGGCUGCAGUUUUUUCGUAAAGCCGAGAAGGAUUUAGAUGGGGAGGUCGAUGGCGGUGACGUCGACCGAUCCUUUUUCGGCGCGACACGUACAGCCCCAUCGAAGGAAAGGGAAGAGUGGAAGAUGAAGAGGAUCGAGAGCAAGAGCACGAUAACCGCGGGGAAGGACAGCGCGUUCCUUGAUGCCGGUCUAGCGUUGGGAAGGAUACAUCGCGCGACGCUUGCUUCGACAGGUCAUGUGUUCAGGCUUCGACAGAAUCAGGUGAUCUCGUCACUGCGGCGCGAAGGCAAGGAGGCUGCCGAGGAUCGCGAAGUCAUGGUGAAGCUUUUGGAGUUUCAACUGAAGCAUACCAACUUUAUAGACGAACAGGGAGUCCCGAUUGCCGAGACCGACACGAAAACUCGCUUCAAGGACGUCGUCGAGUUGUUCCGAGGCGACGGCAGAUAUGAAGCCGAGCUGUGGAGAUUGGGAAGGGCGUUGUUUGAUGAGAUUCCGACACUGGCCAAUGCCGAGAUCCAGGGACAGGUUCGGGUCGACGCCGAGUCAUUAGUCCGCAAGACUGCACUUUCGGACUGGUUGACAAGUCAUUUGGCGCCUAUCGUGGAUCGGGAGAUCAAUACCAAGGACUCGGGGCCUCAGACUGUUUUCUCUCUGUUGAUCGCCAAUCAGGUCGCCAGGGCGACGUCCGUGGCCAUGGACGGAGGCGAUCUUCGAUUGGCAACCCUGGUUGCACAAGCAGGAUCGGGACCGGAAUUCCAAAACACGAUGGAGCAACAGCUAGAGAUCUGGCGCAAACAAGAUGUCGACGCACACAUCGACGUCUCGUAUCGUCGCGUCUACGCCUUACUAGCUGGUAUAAUCGACACCGUCGAAGGUGGACCGUCAGCGGAUCAGGUAGAGAUGAGCCAGGGUUUAUCCUGGCUGCAGGCACUGGGGAUGCACCUGUGGUUCGGCACUCCGUUGGAGCAGCCGUUGCCAGAUGUCAUCAAUAACUUCCGAGCGCACUUGCAGUCGGAACAUCCGCCUGCGAGGCCGGUCUUCGCGAACACCGAGAAUGAAGACGCCAUGUACGGAAUGAUGAAGGUGUUCAUGGAGCAAGCGACUCCAGCUGCUUGUCUCGCUGGAUCGGCGGCCUAUGGCAAGACCUCCAUGGACGUCCGACUACAGUGGCACCUGCUUGAUCUCUUGGUCAACGUCUUUGGCUUUGGCACAUCGGAAGAGCACGUCAUGGAGAGUGUCCGCACAUUUGAUAGGCUGAGCAUCGACUAUGCGAGUCAAUUGGAAAGGGAGGGAUUGUGGGAGUAUGCCGUAUUCGUCUUGCUUCAUCUCGAUAAGGAGGGCUCUCGACUGAAAGCUGUCAAGGAGGUACUCGGCCGACACGCCGCCGAAUUGGCUCACAAGGAAGAGAUUCUGCAACGCAUGAGCGUGCCGAAAGAGUGGCUUUCCGAGGCUAGGGCCGAUCUCUACGCGAGCAAGGGCGAUAUCUACUCGGAAUUCUUGUCUUGCAAGCAAGCCGGUCUGAUGGAUAGGGCUCAUCGCAUUGUCCUGCAGCGCCUAGCGCCAGAAGUCAUCUUGCGGGAAGACAUCGGGCUCUUGCGCAAGCUGCUCGCCGAUCUUGAGGACGCGAGGAUCGUCGACUGGCACAAGGGCGGCCAAGUCUUGUUGCAUUACAGCGAUCUUUGUGACCGUACCAAGGAUCUGUUGAACGCUUCAGGGGAGGUCUCGGACGACCUGACCGAGAUCAUCCGACGGAUCCCGGGCUUGCUCGAGAGCUUGGAGAGGAUCUAUGCGGACGACCGUUCGAUCGACGUCCAGCAGAUGGUCUGUCGCACGCACAUGCUCGCCAAGGUACAAAAAGUCGCCACGGCCCUGGCUUCCCGAGCAUUGAUGAGCAUGCCGCCCUUGUCACGGUUAUUGCCCGAAGGCGAUCGACUUCAGGUCAUGCAAUCGGCCUCUCGGGACAGGUUGCAACGGCACCUCGAAGCGCUGACCGCCUGAGUCUCCCAAGAAAAUUCGACUCCUAUUGAAAGCCUACAAGCAUUCUCGAAAUUUCUGCAUUCUAUCUUCUAGCAUGGAUCGUGUUUGUAUACAUAUCUAGUAAAAUGGCCUCUCUGGGCGUGGAGCGUGGUUUAUUCUCUUGAUGGCGCUCUCGUCAAUCUGAUCGUCCAUCUGCAUGCAUCGUCAUCGCCAGUAUACACGCCUGUAAGACUAACAGUCGACUUGGACGAAACCAUGCUACCGAGGCUUACCUGCCUAAGCAGAACGUCUA